AUGCUCAGUGCCAAGUCAGCUUUGCGCAAUUCUGCGAACCCGCUGCGCCAAUUUGUGCGCAUGAACUCCAACAAAGUUCAGGGCCAAGUCAUUGGUAUCGAUUUGGGUACCACGAACUCUGCGGUGGCAAUCAUGGAGGGCAAAGUGCCCAAGAUCAUUGAGAACGCCGAAGGUGCCAGAACCACACCCUCUGUGGUCGCUUUCACCAAGGACGGCGAACGUUUGGUCGGAAUUCCAGCCAAGCGUCAGGCCGUUGUCAACCCCGAGAACACUUUGUUCGCCACCAAGCGUUUGAUCGGCCGUCGUUUUGAAGACAUCGAAGUCCAGAGAGACAUCAAGCAAGUGCCAUACAAGAUCGUCAAGCACUCUAACGGUGACGCAUGGCUCGAGGCCAGAGGCCAGACCUACUCGCCUUCCCAGAUUGGUGGUUUCGUGCUUAACAAGAUGAAGGAAACUGCCGAGGCCUACCUCGGAAAGAACGUCAAGAACGCUGUCGUCACUGUCCCAGCCUACUUCAACGAUUCCCAGAGACAAGCCACUAAAGACGCCGGUCAAAUUGUCGGUUUGAACGUGCUACGUGUUGUCAACGAACCUACCGCCGCCGCCUUGGCUUACGGUUUGGAGAAGUCCGACACCAAGGUUGUCGCCGUCUUCGACUUGGGUGGUGGUACUUUUGAUAUCUCUAUCUUGGAUAUUGACAACGGUGUUUUCGAAGUCAAGUCCACCAACGGUGACACCCACUUGGGUGGUGAAGAUUUCGAUAUCCUCAUGCUAAGAGAAAUUGUUGCCAACUUCAAGAAGGAGACUGGUAUCAACUUGGAAAAUGACCGCAUGGCCAUUCAAAGAAUCAGAGAAGCCGCUGAAAAGGCUAAGAUUGAAUUGUCCUCUACUGUUUCCACCGAGGUCAACUUGCCUUUCAUUACUGCCGACGCUUCUGGUCCUAAGCACAUCAACAUGAAAUUCACCAGAGCCCAAUUCGAAUCUUUGACCGAACCUUUGAUCAAGAGAACUGUCGACCCUGUCAAGAAAGCUUUGAAGGACGCCGCUUUGAGCACCUCCGAUGUUUCCGACGUUCUACUUGUCGGUGGUAUGUCCAGAAUGCCAAAGGUUGUCGAGACCGUCAAAUCCCUUUUCGGUAAGGAGCCUUCCAAGGCUGUCAACCCUGAUGAAGCCGUUGCCAUUGGUGCUGCCAUUCAAGGUGCCGUUUUGGCCGGUGAAGUCACAGAUGUCUUGUUGCUAGAUGUGACUCCACUAUCUUUGGGUAUUGAGACUUUGGGUGGUGUUUUCACCAGAUUGAUCCCAAGAAACACUACUAUUCCAACCAAGAAAUCUCAAAUCUUCUCCACCGCUGCUGCUGGUCAAACCUCGGUCGAAAUCAGAGUGUUCCAAGGUGAAAGAGAAUUGGUCAGAGACAACAAAUUGAUUGGUAACUUCACUUUAUCUGGUAUUCCUCCAGCUCCAAAGGGUGUUCCACAAAUCGAAGUUUCUUUCGACCUAGAUGCUGAUGGAAUUAUCAACGUCUCUGCCAGAGACAAGGCUUCUAACAAGGAUGCUUCCAUCACCGUUGCUGGUUCUUCUGGUCUAUCUGACUCCGAAAUUGAGCAAAUGGUUAACGACGCCGAGAAAUACAGAGAGCAAGACGAAGUCAAGAAGAAGUCUAUCGAAACCGCCAACAAGGCCGAUCAACUCGCCAACGACACCGAGUCCUCUUUGAAGGAAUUCGAAGCCAAGAUCGACAAGGCUGAAGCACAAAAGGUCCAGGACCAGAUCACUUCUCUAAGAGAAAUCGUCGCCAGAGUGCAAGCCGGCGAGGAAGUCGAUGCCGAGAGUUUGAAGACCAAGACCGAAGAAUUACAAACCGCCUCCAUGAAGCUGUUCGAACAAAUGUACAAGAACGAUGCUUCCAACAACAGCGGUAACACUGAGGGCGGUGAGCCUAAGCAAUAA